GGCGACAGAAUAACCGUCCUCAAAACAAACAAAAAAAUCUCCUGAAACUGCUCAUUUCGGAAAUUUGUGGGAGUUAAGUCUGUCAAACCUUUAGGACACACCCGAACUCCGAGUGAAUGUACAUGUAGCUAAACUUUUACUGUCAUCUCCUUUUGUUUCUGUUUGUUUCUAGAAUAUAAAUUUACUGAAAGUUGCUGUUUUAAAUUUCGCGCUGUUCGCUCCGCCUGUAAAGGGAUUAGCAGGCUAACCUGUUAGCUGGGCAGCCAUGUAAAACCAACGGUGGCAGUAGCAUUAAGUUAAGUAAGAGGAUUAUUUUCUUAAUGUGUGCCCUGAGUUUGGGUAGACUUCUUUAAAAUGGAGGUGACGGACAUCGGAAACAAAGAGGAGGGUAAAGUCUGGCAUCGAAAACCAACACCAGGGAAAAGUGUGUUAGUGACGGUGGUCCGCACUGCUCAGCAAGCCAAGACGGUGCGUUUCCUCCAUGUGGCUUUUGACACUGUGGGAGAUUCUUUUCUGGCUGGAGAUCACCAUGGCAACAUUUAUGUUUUUGACAUCAGCAGAAACAGAUUUCGUCUCGUGCAGAAGACGGGACAGGCCUGCACUGCUCUGGCAUUUACCCUCCGCAGAACCACGGAGUUCCUUGUGGCUUUAGCUGACUACACUAUCAAAUGCUUUGACAAAGACACAAAGCAGCUGGUCAGCUGGAUGCGAGGUCAUGAGGGAGCAGUUUCAUCGAUCUCCGUCAACAGCUCAGGCCGCUACGCCAUCACCACGUCCUCGGACACGGCUCAGCUCUGGGACCUGGACACCUUCCAGAGGAAAAGGAAGCUUAACAUCAAGCAGUCUGUUGGCAUACAGAGGGUAUUCUUCCUGCCUCUCAGCAACACUAUUCUCAGCUGUUUCAGUGAUGACUCCAUCUUUGCGUGGGAGAGCGACACACUGUUCUGCAAAUACCAGCUCCCUGUUCCUGACUGCGGACCCAGAAUCUCCUACAAGGCCUUUGCUGUCACGCGUGAUGGUAAAAGCCUUGCAGCAGGUGGGCGCUCCAACCUGCUGCACCUGUGGUGUCUGGAGAGCAAACAGCUGGUCCGAGUUAUUCAGAUGCCCACGCAGGUUCGAACCGUCAGACAGCUGGAAUUCCUGCCUGACAGCUUCGACGGAGGAGCCAGCCAGACACUGGGUGUAUUGAGCCAGGAUGGAGUGAUGCGUUUCAUCAACAUUCACACAUGUAAACUUCUCUUCCACACGGGUUCCCACGAUGACGCCAUAACUGCAGUCACAGUCAGUCCUAAUGGCCGACAUGUUGUGGCCAUCAUGGAUAAUGGGAGCAUCAACAUCUACAGUGUCCAGAGUCUCACACAGGAGCUGAACAAGCCUCCUCCAUCCCAGCUAGCAGUUGUCUCCAGUAGUGGAGCUGAUCAGGACCUUUCUGGCCUUAAGGUCAAAGUCAGGUCAGAGGUCGGUCAGAGACCAGCCAAGAGCUCAGGAAGGCGGACACAAGUGAGGAUACUGAAACCUCCUGCUGUGUCUGCAGCUGAGGAUAAAGAGAAUGAAUUACCAGCUGGUCUGAAUAAGAAGAGACUGGUGGCUCUGCUCAAAGCAUUUGGAGAAUAUCCUGCUAAAUACAGGAUGUUUGUGUGGAGGUCUUUGCUGUGUCUCCCAGAGAACCAUGCAGCUUACAGCAGUCUGACUGACAAAGGCUUGCAUUCAGCCUACCUCACUCUACAUGAUAAAUACCCCAUUAAAAGUCAUAAACUGCAGAGAGGACUGCAAAGGGUUUUGUCUGCCUUGGCUCACUGGGCGGCCAUCUUUGGAGAGGUGGAGUACCUUCCUCUGGUCGCUUUUCCUUUCGUCAAGCUCUUCCAGAACAAUCCAAUGCUCUGCUUUGAGGUGGUGGCCACUGUCAUAGUGAACUGGUGCCAGCACUGGUUUGAGUAUUUCCCCAACCCUCCUCUGAACAUCCUGAGCAUGGCAGAGAACGUUCUGGCUCAUCAUGACAAGGAGCUGCUGCAGCACCUGGUGGACUGUGGCGUCACUUCACAGCUCUAUGUGUGGCCUCUGCUGGAAACCUUGUUCUCUGAGGUCCUGACUCGUGAUGAGUGGCUGAAACUGUUUGACAACAUUUUCUCCAAUCAUCCUUCGUUCCUGCUCGUGGCCUGUGUGGCCUACGUCAUCUGCUGCCGAGAGCCUCUGCUGCUGUGCUCACAGAAACAGGACUUUGAGUAUUUUUUUCACCAUCGUAACAACCUGGAUGUCGGAGCCAUGAUAAAGGAGGCCUACAGACUCAUGGGCAGCACACCGGAUGACAUCCAUCCCAAGACUCUCCUCUCUGACUUCACCCCGCUGACCAAAGGCCAGUACCCCGUGUUCAACCAUUACCCAGAAUUCAUCGUGGAAUACCAAAGCAGAGAGAGGGAGAAGAUACGAUUGCAGGAGAUGGAGUAUCUACGUGAAAGACAGGAGGUUUCAGCACUGCAUGCAGAUUUUGUGCGUCGCCGAGCCGAAGAGGAGACCUAUUAUGCACAGCAGGAGAUGCUGCAGAAAGCUGAGGAACAGCGCAGAAACAUUCUAGCACAAGAAGAGGAAAAACUAACACAGCAGAGAGCAAAGUUGGCAGCCAUGAAGAGAGAGCUGAAGGUGAAGGAGUUACAGCUGCUGGAUGCAACGAGAAGACGCUUCCUCAAACACCAGCAGGACCUGAGAGCUGCACAGAUACACAGACUGGACCAGGAGAUCAACAGAAAGAUGGAUCUCCGUGAGCAGGAGACGGCUGCAGCAGUCCAGGAUCUAGAAGUCAGACAGAUGGAGCUGGAGACUCAGAGGAAGCGACUUGAACAGCAUUUGUUGAAAGAGCAGGAGCGUGUAGGACGGGAGGUUGAGGAGGAGGUGGAGGUGAGAAUGAGGAAAGCAGAAAGAGAGGAGGAGAGCUUCACAGAGCUGCUACACAGCACACAGACAAACGUGCAGGCCCUGGAGGAGUCUCUGGCAGAGGCUUGCCAGCUGGGCUUGGAGUCGGACUGGCAGAGAGAGGUGGCGGAUCGCCUGCAGCAGGUCGACGCUGAGCAGCAGAGGAAGAGAGAGAGACUGGCAGAGCUUCACAGGCAAACGCUGGCACAGGAGGAGAGACUGGCUGACACCAUGAGAGAUGUGGCAGGAAGUAAGUGGGAUGAAGUGAUGAGUACCAGAGCCCAGUUACAGGAGCAGCGACAGCCCUGGACUUCAGCAGACACAGAUGACAGAGAGAUGAGAUUAAGGUCGCCAUUUUCGACCAGAGGACUCCCUCACAGAUCCACUGCCAUGACUGCUCUUUGUAUUGAACCCAACACUGUGGGUCCAGCAAUCACAGCCAACAGCGGUACCGGUCCAACGCAGGCGGGAACCAACAUGGUGUGUUUGAACAGCAGUUCACCAUCACAGAGCACCUCCACCAACUUCUCCCUGGAUCGAGGCCGGGCCCAGCUGGACAGCAGCGAGAGGGAACUGCUGAAGGAAAUCACAGAACUGAGACAGAAGCUGGCAGCCAGAGCCAGAGAGGGCAGCUCUGCCUCCUCACAGUCUGUCCACACACUGUCCUCUGUCUCCCAGUGACCACAACCUCCCCUCUGUCCUUCAAAGUGUCGCAGAAACAUAUUCUCAUCUCAAGCUCCCCAGAACGAAACAGAAACAGUGACUCAAAUGAAGCUGAACUGAAUGGAUAGCUUCUGUCCGAUUGCCUCUUUCCAAGUGCUCGCAUUCUGUCUUUCCCCUCUUGAGCUACAGAUUUAUUGAUGCAACAAGAGUUAAACAAGUUUAACUAGACAUAAUCAACCGCUAUGCCAUGAAAACCCACCUUCUCCAUCCAAACAUCACUUGAUUGUUUGGGUUUCAGGCUGUGCACACAGUGACUCUAGCACUCAAGUCAACCUGAAGUCUGUGGGUAGGUUCUCUCAUAAUAUUCUCACAUGCUUCAUUCUUCUUAACUGGUUUGUCUUAGCAGCUCAUCUGUAGCCAGUGAAUGUUUGUCAAACAAAAUCCAUAGUGCAGUAACAAAUCUUGCAGGAUUGGUAACCACAACCCGUCACAUCUCUGUCAAACUAUCAUCAUUCAUGAUUGUGUUUCUUUUUAUUUAAUGCACUGAUUUUUAUACUGUUUGUUUUAUUUAAAACCUGUUUGGAUAAAAUAGUUUUAAAGUCCCA